GCGAAGAAGACAUUCAAAGUAACUCGUGGAGGGAAAGAGUUUGCAAAUAGACUAUUUUGGAGCUCUUUGGGAAAUCAAAGUAAACCCCAAGUAAUCGUUCUUAGAGUCACAAAAACUAUCAGGCUGUAGACAUGUAAGGUCAAAAACAGUCAGAAAGCUUUUGAAGGUCAUGAAAUCAUCAAGGUAUGGCAGAAGACAACCCAGAGCUAAGGUACCAACAACUGCUAGCCAAAUUUACUGCCAGAAAAUUGCCAGAGUUUUACAAAAAGUAUCACAGAGAAUCACCCUCAAAUAAAUCUGCAACAGAAGAUGUGCUUCAGGAAGAUGGUGAAUUGUUUCCAAGGCCCUUACCAAUGGAAAAACUGCUUGAUAUACCUGCCCAGAUUAGAAAGAGAAGAUUCUUUGAGGCCAUAUCUGCAGGUGACAUUGUUGAAGGGAAAGUGGAUGACAAAUGGGCGGACACACUAUUCAUAAGAGUUGAUUCAGUUUACUAUGGUCCUAAUCGCUGGAUCAAUGAUUUGAAAAUUAAGGCCGAGUGCAAUCUUUCAGAAUUCAAGACUCAUUCUGGUUCAAGGCGGCUCAGUGAUUCCAUAACCGAUUUCGAUAUUGGAGAUCACGUUCGGGGUGUUGUGACGUCAGUCGACCACAGAGUCUGGAAACUGGUUGUCUCAUUUCGAAGGUCAUCGCUUCCUGAUCACCUUAGCCACACGGAGCUGGGCGCUGUUGAUGUUUUAAGAAGUUUUGAUGUAACUGAUAAUGAUGACGAAGAUGAAAAAUCAUACUUGGAGUACUUGGUGUCCAGACCUUCUUUCUCUAAUCCAGAAGCUACAAACAACCUUUUGUGUCACCUUGGAAUUGAAACAAGACGGCCUGCUACAUUUUUGGAUAGUUUGUCAAACAUUGUUCCUCCUGAUGAAUCUGGUGAAAAACUCAGAGAGCGACAAUCGACGAACUGGUCAAUGGAAAUGGUUGCAAGCGGAGUUAAAUUGUUUAAAGAAAACCGACACGAUGAAGCACUGAAAUGUUUCGAUCAAGCACUGCAGAUGCAUUCGAAUAAUGUCGAGGCUCUCGUUGCAAGAGGAGCAUUGAGAGCAAAUCAAGGGAUGUUAAAGUCAGCAAUAAUUGACUUCCGUCAAGCGCUUGAAGUUCACCCCUCGCAUCGAAAUGGCCUGAAAUAUCUCACUGAAACGCUGCUGUCAUUGGCGAAACAGCAUGAAAAAGAUCGGGACUGGAAAGAGGCAACACGGCGUUAUAAAGAGGUUCUUGAGCUGGAUGCUGAUCAUGCCGAAGCCCGCGAUAGAAUACACCAGAUUCGAAUGAUAAUGUCACAGCAGGUUUUAGCUGGGAAACGCCGCGCCUCAUUGGAAGCAACACCAAAAGCAGAGAGCUCCAAUGCCAAGUUAAGGCCCGAAGAUCGACCCGAGGGUCGACCCGAGGAUCGACCCGAGUCUCUUAUCAAGCUCCUUAGAAAGAAAGUCCCAAAGAAACAUAAAAAGCUCAAGAAAUUAAAGAAGCCAAAGUCAAAGAAGAAAGGUAAGAAAAAAUCAAGGAAAAGACGAAGCAGGACUUUGUCAGAAUCGUCGGAUUCAGAUAAUGAUGAUACUGAUGACGAUGAUGACGGUUCUGAAGUGACUGUAUCAGCUUCUGAAAAGCCCAGUGACAGUGAAGGUGAGUGGGUAGAAAAGCAAGUGGAUGUCAGUACAAGCAGCAAAGAGGGCUCGUCGCGAAAGGAUGCAGCUGAUAAUAAAUACAGAGAUGCCAAAAACAUCAGCAGUAAACGUGAAGCAGACAUGGCAAGUGGAAAGAAGCUCGAUAAAGAGAAAUACAGACCCUAUGAGGUUGAAAGGCAGUUAAGUAGUGAUGGCAAACGCUCAAGCAGUGCCCGUUCUCACUCUACUGGUAAGACUACAAAGGAACUUGCAUCCUACAAAUCUCAUUCCGAGGCAUCAUUCUCGCGCAACUCACAACAGGCUGACGUCACUGGCAAAUCUACACAUGGACGUCACUUUUCUUCUGAUGAAGUUAGCUUCAUCAACUCUUUGCUGUCAAAAAAACCCAAGAUAUGACUUAGAAGUUUUUUUCUUUGGCUGUUUCUACACUAGAAUCAAAAUCGUUUAUUACUUCCACGGAUGAAAUCAAUGUAACUUUCUUUACGGCGUAUGGAGGAACUCUUUCGCAGCUUUGUAUGUCGUUGCUGCGUAAUAAUUCACACACUAAUCAAAGAUGAAUGAAGACUUGCUUCAUACAAGCCAAGAAAAAAUAAGUCCAGAUUUGACGCCAAUGCAGCUAUCUACUUGUUUAAGUCCGUUAUUUUCGAUCUGUAGUCUCGAACGCUGUCUCUACUGGCAGUGAUACCUGGAUUGGGUAAGAUUCGACGUUAUGAAAGCUAAAUUGCUUUGAUACGUGAGAGUAAUUCCGUUAUGGUUAUGGUUGCGCAUACGCAAAAUGGAGCAAAGAGCAGUAUAAUACCAGUAACUGAUUUGCCCCGCUUUUGGCUUGCAUCUCCGAAGUAGAAUUUGGUGGGACAGAUACGGAUUGUUAAAUUUUGCGAUUUUGCAAUUGAUAACUUGCGUCAGACAUGUAUUUGACUGUUGAAAAAAAGAGUUUCUACUAUAAAAUGACUUUCUCAAUCCAUUUUCAUUCUUACUCUAAUAUCCAAAUUAUUUUGAAAGGAAUGCUGAGGACGCAAUUUUUCUGUUUUCCAGAAAAUAUCAAUAAACUUGGAAGAAAAGUUUCUUGUAGAACUAAACACUCUUUUUUAGUAAGAGCAUUUUGAUAAGAACUCGAGGCUCAAAAUUGGUCAAAAGUUAAGAACAAAUUAAGAACAGGUUCAGGCUGAGCUAUUGUAAAAUGUAAUUUUGAGCAAUUUUACAUCUCAAGAACGGUUUCCAAACUUGUCGACAAAGAAGGAUGUUCCACUCGCUUUGUUGGCAAAUGGGGCCUGAACAACUCCAAGAGCGCAGUAGCUAGCCAUUAGCAGGCUGAACUAGAAAACAUUUCCGAGAAUAAAUUAGAAUAAAUGAGAAUAAAUUAACUAAUCAUGCACCCCAAGAUAAUUGUAUUCAUGGUCAAUGAUCGUAGGCAGAGUAAAUUGCCAGAGCUACAACCAUUUUCUUUGGAUAGGACUACCAUAAACAGGUUCAUAAAACUAAAUACCUAGGACGUACGGUUGACGAUAAGUUGUAUUGGGACGAACAGUACAAAUCAGUCAAAGGGGAAAUAAAAUAGCUGGUGGCUUAGCAUCGAUUAGAAGACUGAAAACCUCUUACCGCAAUCCCAGUUGCUCAAUGUAAAUCUAGCAGUUGUUGAAAGUCACUUAAGGCGCGCAAACAUCGUUUGGAGAGCCCUUUCUGGUACAAAAUUGAGCACUCUGCAAAAAUAUAAGAACGGAGCAUUCGAUCUAAUAGAAUCUUUAAAGGUAAAGGAUGCUUGGGAUAAGAGACUCAUGAAAGUAAGUCAAUUGAUGACGUUUGAGCGAGCAGUUAUGGCUUAUAAAAUUGUCAAUCAGCGCUCUCCAGAAGGGCUGAAAAUAAGUUCAUUAAAAGGCCUACCAUCACACAAUACAACACAAGGAAUAUGCAGGACCUCCAUGUGCAAAAACUAACCAUAGAGUACACCAAAAGAGGUUUUUGUACACUGCUCCAAUAGCUUGGACUGAUAUCCCACAACCCAUUAGAGAUAUAGAUUCCAUCGUAAGAUUGGAAAUAAUAUUUCACAAUUUGAGCUAACAGAAAUAAGCUCGGCACAAGUCCAUGGAAGAUCGUGUAUAAUGUUUACUAAAUGGAUGUCGUGUAUAAAUAAGAUUAAAUGUAAUGAAUUACACUGCCUACUAGGGCUGUCCACCGAAGGUCGAAUAAUCGGUAUUCGGUUACUUGUUUCACUUUCGGUUAGCUGAAGCCCAAAGCGAGUAUUCGGCUACAAGCGAAUAGUACGAUUACGGUACUGAUCGAAUAACCGUGACUGAUCGAAUAACCGUGACUGAUCGAAUAACCGUGACUGAUCGAAUAACCGUGACUGAUCGAAUAACCGUGACUGAUCGAAUAGCAAUUGCCAACCGAAUAGCAAUGACUAUUCAAAUAGCCGUGAAUGAUCAAAUGACCGUUGCCAGUGACGAAAGGUAAACACCAAGUCCCUUUUUUCAAGCUUCGAGUAAAGUUUAUUGAUUCCGGCCUACAAUUUGCAAACCUAGGAAACAGUAACAUUUUGGGGGCAGGGAAAGUGAAGCAAGCCUAGCCGAUGGUGGUUACGGGCUUUUUCCUCGGGGAAUAGCUGUGACGUCACCUUUCAAAAUGCUUGAAAAUAUAUUCGAAAUAAGCUUAGUUCAGCAUUGACUUGAUAGUAAUUUGAGCCUUUCUGACCAGUUGGGGCGGCUAGCUACUUUUGACAAAAGAAUAUCUGAACAUGUCUUUUGUUUGCUUAGAGUAAAGCGAGGCAUGUAUUUUAGACCCUAAGAAAUUUAAUUUUCCAAGGGUCUAAAAUACAUGCCUCUUCGAAGCUUGUUGGGUUUUUUAAAAAGUCAACAUCAGCAACAACAGCACUCGAGGCAGCCCAAAAAAGGUUAAAGAAAGAGCAACCCACCUUAUUCAAAGUUGCAAGACAGUGGAACAGUGUGCGCAAUCAGUUCUUUCAGACCGUAAUGUUGUCACACCAGCCAAUGAAGAAUCGCUGUCAUUGAGUGCUUCUCAGUGGAACAAAAUUUCUUCAUUAUUGCCAGUUCUUGAAACCUUGCAAAUAGCAACAACUGCAGUGUCAUCAGAGCAGAAUACUCCAGUAUCGUGUAUUCUUCCCGUUGUUACUGGCUUGAAAAACAACUUUCUAAAGGUGCGUUUAAACGAUGCAAUGCUGCUGCAAGCGUUUAAAGGAAAGGUGUCACAAGCAAUCACCAGGAGAUUUUUAUUUGGCUUAAAGCAUGAUUCUGUUUCUGCAGUUUUGUCGGUAUGAGACCCAAGACACAAAAGCCUAAAGUUUCUUUCCUUUGAGAUGCAGUCAUCGGUUCAAGACCAUGUUAGAAACUUGAUGGAUUUCUAGAAGAACCUCCUUUGCAUCCGAACAGCAAUCCAUUGGUGUGGUGGAAGAGAAAUGCGCAAAAAUUCCCAAAGGUUGCUACGGUUGCAAAGCAAUUUCUUUGUGCUCCUGCAACUUCAGUUCCAUCUGAAAGAGUUUUUCUGCCGCAGGGAACAUUAUUACUAAAAAAAGAUGCAGCUUACUUCCAGAAAAUGUAAAUUCGUUGAUUUUUUGAAUAAAAAUUUGAAAAUAAUAUCUAAAACUAUAAAUGAUAAAUAUGAUUAACACUAAACUUUAUCCUGUGUUUUGAUUUCAUAGCGCGAAAUGAACUUUGAAAGUAAAUGAUAUUUCAUUUCGCUUUACAGUUUUGUUAGACACAGUUACAUUGGGUUACAAUACAUUUUGAGAUGUUUUUUAUCGACUCCAUCUUGUCACACCCAUCUGGUCACGCCCAUAUUCGCCGAAUAACCGUAUUUCCUCUAAGGAACGCCGCGGCGUUUAUUACAAACUCCAAAUUUUGGAUGCGGCGUUCAAUACCAAAUGAAAAGUUUCAAUGAAAAAUGACAAAAAAUGCGAUGGAAAAAGAUAAAAUGAAUGUCAAGUCAAGGAAUGUCAAUAUCCCUCGUCUCUAUGAGAUUAAAAAUUUCAUGGUAUUCGAAUAGUAAGCGUUUAAACGAUUCCUUACUUCUUGUUUGGUGUGUUUUCUAAUGAACGCUUUUCUUCAAGAUGCGGCGUUCAAUAGAGGGCCGCGUUUAUCAGAGGGCGGCGUUUAUCAGAGGGCGGCGUUCAUUAGAGGAAAUACGGUAAUCAUAAAGUCAUGGACCGAAUAAUCGACUAGGAAAAUCCAAAGGAAUCAGACAGCCUCACUGCCUACACCCUAUUAAUAGAAAAACAAAUUAUGAACAAUCCAGCCUCAGAUUUUCUAAAUAAUUACAAACAGCCUGCCUGAACUUCAAUUUACUGGUUCUUAUUAAAAAAGAGUGUAUAUGGACUACAAGACGUAGCAAAAAAUCGAAUUUUUGAAGACAAAUAUAGUUUGAUUGGAAUAUCUAUUUUUCCGUUGAAUUUGCUGAUAAAAAACUGAUAAAGACGUUUUUGUCGUAUUGAAUUGAGGAAACAGAAAUUUUUUCUCUAUGUUUGCUAAUUUUUCUGACUUUGGAAUGUUUUACAACCUUUUACAUUGUUGUGUUUUUAAUUAUGUUUCAACAGAGUCAUUUCAAUAGAAUCGUUACAAGACCUUGAUCCAAACCUGAUCGAGUGUCUGCCAUUGGUUCAACUCCCUGUAUUUGUGGUUUGAAUAGAGAGGAAAUGAGUUCGAAAAAAGAAAAUAAUUUAGAAACUAAAUUCAUCUUAUGAUAUGUUAUUAUUUAUUUGCAAACACGCGUAAUGCUUGAAUUACAUGGUAAAUCCAUGUAAUUCUAGUCAAUUAAUUCUAUGUUCUGAAAUAUAAAAUCUAAUGAUUACUGGCUUUCCAUGUAUCCGCAUAUUUACAGCCGUCGGUCUAUGUAUUGGACCUGUGGUUAUUAAGCGUAGUCUAUCUUGCGAUGUCAAUUAGGUCUGGUUAAACUACUACACUUUAUUUGCACACAGGUGUCUCCCUUGGUGUAAACCAUCCACAUCUUCCGCAUCCUACCAUGCAUAAUUUUUCUUUUGAUAGGAAGUCAUAUUUAUCCCUUCCAAUUUUAUUGAAUGGAGGGUUCCAGUCGCAUUUCACGCGGCUGGGUUUGCAUCCCGGGCAAAAUCGAAUUUUACAUCUGCA